AUGGCCAAGAGGGUUGCUGUGAUCGGCUCUGGCGUGAGUGGACUGACCUCCAUCAAGUGCUGCCUGGAUGAGGGACUGCAGCCCACCUGCUUCGAGAGAAGCAACGACAUCGGGGGGCUCUGGAGGUUCAAAGAAAAAGUAGAGGAAGGCAGAGCCAGUAUCUACCAAUCUGUAUUCACCAAUUCCUCCAAGGAGAUGUCGUGCUUCAGUGACUUUCCGAUGCCUGAACACUUUCCAAACUUCCUGCACAACACCAGAUUCCUGGAAUAUUUGAAACUGUACGCAAAGCACUUUGAUCUUCUGAAAUACAUCAGGUUCAAGACCACAGUCAUCAGUGUAAGAAAAUGCCAGGAUUUCUCUACCACCAGCCAGUGGAUUGUUGUCACCGAGAGUGAUGGAAAGCAAGAAUCCACCAUGUUUGAUGCCGUUAUGGUGUGCAUGGGUCACCAUAUAGAAUCCUUUAUCCCAGUGCAGUCUUUUCCUGGUAUCGAAAAGUUCAAGGGCCAAUAUUUCCACAGCCGGGAGUACAAGAGCCCUGAAGGAUUUCAGGGGAAGACGGUCGUGGUGAUUGGAAUGGGGAACUCUGCAUCGGAUAUUGCCGUGGAGCUCUGUCAGAGAGCCAAACGGGUGUUCAUCAGCACCAGAGGAGGCUCAUGGGUAAUGAGCCGUGUCUACGAUGACGGCUACCCUUGGGACACUGUAUUUCACACCCGAUUUAGCAAUCUGAUCAGAAGUGUCCUGCCUUGGCCCCUUUUGAAACGGGUGUAUGAACAGAAGAUGAACCAAUGGUUUAACCAUGAAAACUAUGGCUUGGUGCCUCAGAACAGAGCCCUGAUGAAAGAGCCAGUGUUCAAUGAUGACCUUCCAAGCCGCAUCCUCUGUGGCAGCGUGGUGGUGAAGCCCAUUGUGAAGGAGUUCACCGAAACCGCUGCCAUCUUUGAAGAUGGGACUAUGGAGGAGAACGUGGAUGUUGUCAUCUUCGCCACUGGCUAUAGCUUCUCGUUCCCCUUCCUGGAGCAGUCAGUCAUCAAAGUGGAAAACAACGAGGUCGCGCUGUACAAACAUGUCUUCCCUCCUACGCUGGAGAAGCCAACGCUGGCUGUCAUUGGCCUCAUACAGCCGCUUGGGCCCAUCAUGCCAAAUGCAGAGCUGCAGGCUCGCUGGGCUACAAGAGUCUUUAAAGGGCUGACUGAGCUGCCCUCCGAGAACACCAUGAUGACUGACAUUGUCAAGAGGAAAGAGAAGAGGAUCAAGUGGUUUGGUACCAGCCGCAGCCAGACAUUGCAAACCGAUCACAUUGAAUAUCUGGAUGAGCUCGCCGAGGGCUCAGAUGCGAGACCCAGAAUUCUUCCGCUGCUUCUGAAGGAUCCCAAACUGGCCCUGAUGAUUUACUUUGGCCCCUGCAGCCCCUUCCAGUUCCGCUUGACCGGCCCUGGGAAGUGGGAUGGAGCCAGAAAUGCCAUCCUGACCCAAAAGGCACGGAUCAUCAAACCCACAAGAACGCGAGUGGUGCACGACUCUUCAAACAACUCCCUGGUUUCAUAUUUGCUUAAAAUCUUUGGUCUCGUUGCUCUCUUCGCUGCAAUUUUUGUUAGUCUCCAGUAG